CGACCAGUUUGCAACUGAGGACGAUGGCGCCGAUGACGAUGAGUGACGAUGCAUGCCGCGUGUGUGGCAAGGAGGACGACGAGGAGUUCCUGGUUCUGUGCGACGGCUGUGACCGCGCCUUCCACACCGCCUGCGUCCAAGGAUGCACGUGCUGCAACACCAAGCCGCGCAACAACUUUGCGCGCAAGCCGGCGGUGCCUGAGGGCGAUUGGUUUUGCAAGUUUUGUGCUGGUCGCAUCCCUGCACUCGAGGAGGGAAAGAAGGCGGUGUCCUCCGUUUUCGUUUGGGGGGACAACGAGGAUGGACAGUUGGCACUCCCGGAUACGGAGGCCAAGGUGAUCUGGAAGCCCACCAAAGUGCACGAGCUGGACGGUAUUGGCGUCCUCGACAUCGCCUGCGGUGAAACGUGCACGUACGCGCUUUGCAAUGACGCGAAUCUCUACUCGGUUGGAACGGGCCUUUCUGGCCAAUUGGGACACCAAGAUAUCGUCCACGAGAAACUGGUUCACUUUCGCCUGGUGGAAUCCAUGACGGAAGACAAGCGCUCCAAAGGCGAAGGACGAUUCUCGCAGAUCCACGCUGGUUCCAACUUCGGCGUGGUUAUUACGACCGAAGGACAUGCCUACACGUGGGGCAACGGGGAGCAUGGACAGCUAGGCCACCAGGAGAACAAGAAUAAGAAAGUGCCUAAGAAGAUUUCUGCGUUGAGGGAACUUGAAGUGCCUGUCAAUCUGGCAACAUGUGGAAGCGACUUUGUUAUCAUGACGACGAAAGACAACGGCGACGACGACCAGUUCAACACUAAAAAGCCGGGCGUUUUCAUGAGCAUGGGUUCCAACACCCAAGGACAGUUGGGCGAUGCGUCUAACAAGAACCAGUGGGUCCCGCAGCUUCUCAACAACGACGCUCUGGAUUUCACCAGCCCCGAAAACCAGGACAUCGAUGAUCCUGCUGAAUUUCUGCUUGGUCGCGACAUCACGCAGCUAGCUGCUGGUAGAUCUCACGCUGCCGCUGUCGUUGCUGGAACCAAGGGUCUAUGGACGUGGGGUUACGGCGAUCGCGGUCAAAUCGGACACCCCAAGCCAGCCCCGAUUCCUGGUCAAUCGAAGUUUUUCCGCUCUCAAUUCCGCGUUCCUCGCCCUCGGUUUGUCCAGACUUUCAAGAACGACGUGGUGAAGUUCGUCGCUUGCGGUGCCCAGCACACACUCGUGCUUCUGACUGAUGGGCGCUUGUUUGCGAUGGGCGACAACGAGUUUGGCCAGCUUGGCGUUAAACGUGGCGAGACGUCCGAAGAAAACCUUGUGGAUACGCCCGUGCAUGUCACCACGUUUGGCUCCGACAAGAGUAUCAAGCAAAUUGGCUGCGGUGACGACUUCUCGGUGGCUUUAACGUCGACCAGCGAGGUGUACUCUUGGGGUCGCAACCAGCUGGGCCAGCUUGGACUGGGAGACGCGCAGACCGAGCCACUUGACACACCAACGAAGGUGUCCGAUCUCCCGCCCAUUCAAAAGUUGGCUGUUGGUAUCAACCAGGUCUUCGCCAUUGAAUUCACUGACGUGACGCUCCCGCCACCGAUCGUCCGUGCUGCUGCCGGUAAGCGAGGCAGAGGUCGUGGUGCAGGCGCCAGCACCAAGAAAGCAAGAAAGUAAUUGCUACAUUGUCCACAAGGAGCGAUAGCAAAGAUAGUGUGUAGGAGCUGCUGACGCUUUGCAGCAACUUAAUCUGCUUCAACUAGCCUUAAGUUGCGUUAGUUCGACUAAGUACGAAGUACGUUUUAGUUUUUGUUUUGGUCUCAUU